GGAAGCUAAAGGAGGAGUAAAAGAGAAAACAACGCUGGAGACUUUAUGAGUCAGUUGCUGUCGAAAACAGCAGAAGGGCCAAAAAGUGUAGUUGUAACUGUGUGAGAAUGUGUGACGUGCAGGAGCUCACGUGUCUGGUCCAGCAGCAAGAGGCUGCGGCGGGUCGAGACAUAUUGGAACUGUUUGAAAGGACGUUAACGGCGCACGAGGAGCAGCUGCGGCAGUUAAGAGAGGAGAACGAGCGGCAGAGAAAGCGGCUGGACGCUCUUUUACAGCCUCAAGUUCGACUAGAAAGAGCAGUGUUGCCUCAGCAGCUGCUGGUGAGUAAAGAAGAGGUUCCCCCUGAGCAGCAGGAGUGCAGCCCCAGUGUGAAGCAGGAGGAGCCAGAGCCCCCCCACAUUAAAGAGGAACAGGAGGAGCUCAAUAUCACCAAGGAUAUCCCAUUCACUCCUGCCCCUGUGAAGAGUGAAGAUGAUGAAGAGAGAGCUCAGUCCUCACAGCUUCAUCAAAGCCAAACUGAGGAGAACACAGAGGCAGAGCCUCCGGCCAGCAGCUCCACUGAAACAGAAGCUGAUGAAGAGGAUUUCCAAGCAAGUAGUGAUGGCCAGCUGCUCUCUUCACACUCCUCUGAAGCUGAGACUGAAGACAGUGAAGAUGACUUGGAGGAGACUGGAGAGCCUCAGUCAGGUUUAGCCUCAGUGAGUGAAGUCCUUUUCAGCCAUGACAGAUCUGAGGCUGGAGAGAAGCCAUCUUCCUGCUCUGUGAAGAGAGAGAAACUAUUCAGCUGCUCAGUCUGUGCUAAGAGAUUUACUGGGAAAAUUAACUUAAACACACACAUGAGAACCCACACAGGAGAGAAACCUUUUAGCUGCUCAGUCUGUGCUAAGAGAUUUACAUGGAAAACUCAAUUAAACACUCAUAUGGUAGGCCACACAGGAGAGAAACCUUUUAGCUGCUCCAUUUGUGGUAAACAUUUUACAAGGAAAUGUACCUUAAAUACACACAUGAGUGUCCACAGGGGAGAGAGACCUUUCACCUGCUCAAUUUGUGGUAAACAGUUUACACAGAAAUCUUGCUUAAAUACACACAUGAGUGUCCACACAGGAGAGAAACCUUUCACCUGCACAAUUUGUGGUAAACAAUUUACACAAAAGUGUAGCUUAAUUACACAUAUGAGAGUCCACACAGGAGAGGAACCUUUUAGCUGCUCAGUUUGUGGUAAAAGUUUCACUCAAAGAAAUAACUUAAAGAAACACAUGAGAGUCCACACAGGAGAGAAACCUUUCAGCUGCUCAGUCUGUGGUAAGAGAUUUGCAUGGAGAAGUGAAUUAAAAAUUCAUUUGAUAGUCCACACGGGAGAGAGACCUUUUAGCUGUUCAGUCUGUGGUAAGGGAUAUACACAUAAAAUUGACCUAAACACACACAUGAGAGUCCACACAGGAGAGAAACCUUUUAGCUGCUCAGUUUGUGGUAAACAUUUUACAAGGAAAUGCACCUUAAAUACGCACAUGAAAAUCCACACAGGAGAGAAAACGUAGCUGCUUAAUUUGUGGUAAACAUGUUUCAGAUAAAGGUCAUACAAAUGAGCACAUGAUUGUCACUCAGGAGAGAAACCUUUUAGCUGCUCAGUUUGUAAUCAAAAUUGUACAUGUAAAAGUCACAAACAGACACC